AUGCAGGAGAUGGAAUCCAGGGGAUUUGGAUCCAAGGAGGUUUUCUCAAAUAUUGCUCAGAUAAGGCUGCACUUUAGCUUCAAGCAGGCAAUGUGGUGUAACCUGCUGGCCUCCACCAAGGCUGACUGUCCUACAUGCCUUGCUUUGAACAUCAAGCUACUCAUGCAGCACUUUCUGAAGAGCUACCUGGGGUUGGGUGAUGUUCUGGAGAAGGUUCAUAGGCUGGACCUGUUCUUAUCCAUCAUGAUCAGCAUGGAAAUAAUCAAUCAAACGAAAACCACAGGAUUUAUUCUACUUGGCCUUGAGGGCUCCUAUACCCAGUUGGUUUUCCUUUUUGUUUUAUUCCUGCUACUAUAUAUUGCUACAUUAUGUGCCAACUUUGUGACCAUUGCAUUGGUUUUGGGAAGCCGGAGACUCCACACUCCCAUGUAUUUCUUCCUGAGCCAGUUGUCCUCAUCGGAUAUAUUGCUGUCUACAAACAUUGUACCUAAUUUGCUAUGUGCCCUACUGAAAGAGGGGAAAGACAUGUCCGUCCCUAGUUGUAUCUCCCAGUUUUUUGCUUGCAGCUCAUUCACGGCGGCUGAAUGUUUUAUACUUGCUGUAAUGUCUCUUGACCGCUAUGUUGCCAUCUGUAACCCCUUGAGGUACGUCAGCAUUAUGAGUAUCAAGCUGAGUGUCCACCUUGUGCUAUGGUCUUGGCUUCUGAGUUUCCUACUCUGCGUCAUUGUUGCCGUCUUUGUAUCUCUUUUGGAGUUCUGUGGACUCAAUGCCAUCGACUAUAUUUAUUGUGAUUUCGCUCCUCUUCUAGAAGUGUCAUGCUCAGAUACAUCCACUGUGGAAAUAAUCGCCAUUGCCUUCACAUUUCCCAUAAUUAUCUUUCCUUUCCUGGUUAUCAUUCUCACAUACACCAGCAUCUCUUUCUCCAUCAUGAAGAUCUCCACCAACUCUGGAAGGCAGAAGUCUUUUUCCACGUGUAGCUCCCACCUUGCAGUUGUGUGUACGUUUUAUAGCAUAUUAAUCGCCAAGUAUACUGUGCCAUCCAAAGGGCAGUCCCUGAAUAUAAGCAAAGUCAUCUCUCUCCUAUACAUAGUGGUCACGCCUUUACUCAACCCAAUAAUAUAUAGUUUAAGGAAUAAUGAGAUCAGGAAAGCUCUGAUUAAAUGGAUUUCUUGA